AUGAAUGCGAUUAAAAGAUUGCAAUAUGCAGUAGUUUGUAAAUUCUCAUAUGGAUGGCCUGAGCUUAAUGAACUACGCCGAAUUGUCCCUCCUCAAUGUGGAAUUAAGGGCAAAUGUAAUAUUGGAUACCUUAGGUACAUGCAUGUAUUGAUACGCUUGACACUAUGGCAAGAUUUCAUUGAUUUUACUUCGAAAAGUGUUUACUAUAUCAAGGAUAAGCUUGGGUAUGAAUACCAGUUGCGAACACUGAUUUAUGAUACAAAAUUCAAAGCCGGAGAGGAAACACUAAAGGUAAUGACUUGGAUUUCUUCUCCUAACUUGUUGCCAACUUUUUUUGUCAAGGAAUAUUUAUUUUCUUUAGCCUCAGCAGUGGAAAAAUCCCUUCACCUUGAUAUGGCUACUGUGAAUAAAACUAGGCCUAGUUGUGCGCGUGUGAAAGUGCUUGUUGAUCUUUUAGCUGACCUUCCUAAGAAGGUGCACAUGGACAUUGAGAAUGAAUUAACUGGGAAAGUAAGAACUGAUUGGGUAAUUAUUAAAUACGACUACUUGCCUAAAUAUUGUAAGAAAUGUAAAUUACAAAGACAUGAUAUGUUGGAAUAUUGGAGGCUUCAUCUUGAACUGAUGGCAACUAAGAAUGUGGAGCAGCAAGGUUUAAAUGAAGCAGUGGUAGGAGCUAACAAAGAAAAAGUUAAAGAGACAACCCCUUUGAUGAUCCUAUCAAGUGGUAAGGUACAAACAGCUAAUCAAUUUACAAUAUUGGAGGUGGAUAACAGUGAAGCUAAUGAGAAUAAUCAGUUGGUUUUGGUUGAGGAGAAUUCUGGGCAAGGAGACAUUUCUAAUCCUAAGGAAACUGCAACUUUAAAUCCCGCAGCACCAACAUUUAAUCCAAAAUCUCCAGUACUUGACAAACAAAAUAAUGGAGCCAAUGUGAAUUCAAAUGUAGCAGGGAAAAGUCUUAAUUCAGUAGUCCCAAAUACUAGUCCCAGUUUGGCAAGGAUUAACAAUAAAAAAGAGCGUGAAGAGGCAAGAAAUAAGGAGAAAAGAGUACAAGAUCAGCAGAAUAAGGAAACAACUGCACAAUGGUUACAAAGAGCUUUCAAUAGGAAUUUAGUUGGAACUAAUAAAUCCUGCCAAGAUUUUCCAUCUCAGGACACUAGAUUUGAAGGAGAAUUGGCCAAAAAUAUUGACAAGGAUCAUAUUGUUGAUGCAGACUUUGAAAAAUUCAAAAGCAAUGAAAAGGUCAAUUCGAAAGGUGGCAAAUUAUGGGCUGAUCAGACUGAAGAAGACUCAGAGGAGGGGGAAAUUCCUGAUGAGAUACAAAGUGAAGAGGAAAUUGGAGGCAAUGCAGUUGAUGAAGAAGACCAAAAUGUAAAUGGGAUUGCCAAUGCAAAGCAGACUACUGAAGAGCAGAGUUUAGUAAAUUCCAAAGAACUGAAUUCUAACAAGGUUGAUCUGAUUAAUGCUGAAGGAAAUAAGGCAGAAGCAAUAAUUGAUAAAGGAGUAGAUAUCAAUGUUAUUGAUCCAAGUGGAACAGGACAAGGUGGUAUAGUUGAUGUUGCUGCUAAUUCUAAAUCGAACGGCAGUGCAAAAGUAUCAAAAAAGCAGUUGACUAAUCCACAGGUGCAGGCCACAACAGAUAUUACUAUUCCAUUGAAUCUAGUACAGCUGCAGAAUAAGAACAAUGCUGGGGAGCAGACUGUGACUACUAUUCAGGAAAACACUGGUGCGGUGGCUACAGAAGGUGCAAAAAAGUUAGAAGUUCUAGCUGAUCAUGCAAACAAAGACUUAGAUGAAGAGUCUAAUGCACAAAACCUUCUUAAUGUUUCUAGGCAAGGGGAUCUCUCACCUAGGCAUACAUGUAACUUGACAGAUUUGGGAUUCAAGGAGAGUAUUUUUACAUGGUGGAAUGAAAGAUCAGAGGAUGAUUGUAUAUUUAAGAGACUCGAUUUAUGCCUAGGCAACAUGGAAUUACAACAAACUUUUUCUGGUUUGGAGGUGACUCAUUUGUCCAAAAUUAGAUCAGACCAUUGUCCUAUGCUACUGAAAUGUGAUAUUGAAUCUACCCCUAUUAAGAAGUCUUUUAGAUUUCUUAAUUUCUGGGUAAAACAUGCCUCGUUCAAAGAUGUGGUAAGGGAGAAUUGGAAGGCAGAUUUCAGUGCUAAUCCAUUUGUAAUUUUCAACUACAAAUUAAAGAAGCUCAAGAAAGCACUGUCUACUUGGAGUAGAGCUACUUUUGGAGACAUAUUUCAGAAAAUUACGAGCUUAGAAGAAGUGGUAUUAGUGCAUGAAAGGAAGUUCAAAGCUUAUCCUACUCAGAUGAAUAGAGAAAGGCUACAAAAGGUUCAAGCUGAAAUAAUAAAAUACCUUGCACUUGAAGAAGAUAUUUGGAGACAAAAAGCUGGCAUGACUUGGUUCAAGGAUGGAAAUAGAAAUACAAAAUUGUUUCACGCUCAAGUCAAUGGUAGAAGGAAGAGAUUGAAGCUCAAAAAUAUCAAAAACAGUCUUGGCAACUAG